AUGGGAGUGGUUUUCAAAGAGAUCUACGAUGCAUAUCCCAAUGAGAAGGUAGUGGGAUUAUUCAGAAUGACAACUCCAUGCUUACUGCUUCGCGACCUUGAUGUGAUCAAGCAUGUUCUGAUAAAGGAUUUCGACUGCUUCUCCGAUCGAGGAGCUUCGUUCGGCGAAAAAGGCUUGGGAAAUAAUUUAGUACAUGCUGACAGUUAUAUGUGGCGGAUAUUAAGGAAUCGAUUCACGCCAAUUUUCACCUCCGGAAAACUUAAGAAUAUGGUUUAUUUACUAAGCCAGCACGGCGAUAAAUUCAUCGACCUUGUCGAUAGCAUUUGUCAGAAGCAACAGGAACAUGAAGUACACUCCUUAGUUCAGAAAUACACAAUGGCGACAAUCUCAGCAUGUGCAUUUGGUUUGGAAGUCAAUACAAUUAGUGAUACUAAUAGUUCCAUAUUCACAAAGAUCGAUAACAUUUUAUUCACACCGACGUUUAUUGAUGAGAUUGACAUGAUGUAUCCUGGAAUUUUGAGAAAAUUAAAUGUCAAUCCUUUCCCCAAAUUUGUGCAAAAUUUCUUUGAGCAACUCGUUAAAACCGUUAUAGAACAGAGGAAUGGUAAGCCAACAGAUAGAAAAGAUUUUAUGGACUUGAUUUUGGAAUUGAGGGAAGAACGUAGCAUCCAAGGGCCGAAGAAAACCGAAGAGGAAAAUGAAAUUACUUUAGAACUUACAGACGAUAUAAUCGCUGCACAGCAAAAAAAUCCCGACAUUCAAAAUAAAGUGAUCGCUGAAGUAGAUGAAGUCCUCGAAAAAUACGAUGGCAAGCUAUCAUUUGAAGCUCUAAACGAUUUGAAAUAUAUGGGAAAAGUUUUCUAUGAGACUCUUAGGUUUUACUCCUUAGUUGAGCCAUUACAAAGGAAAGCACAAAGUGAUUACAAGAUUCCUGGGAUGAAUGUGACAGUGAAAAAGAGUCAAAUGAUUUUCAUAUCGCCUUUAGGCAUUCAGCACGAUGAAAAACAUUACCCGAACCCUGAAAUAUUUGACCCCGAAAGAUUUUCUUCUGAAAAUUCAAGUAAACGCCAUACAUGUGCAUACUUACCAUUUGGAAUCGGUCCUCGGAACUGCAUAGUGGACAAACUAACUCAUCUGCCGUUCACUGUGGGCACUGUUGGAGUUUUACACGAAAUGCUUUUGAGCAAUUGUGCCGCACUCAAUUUUAAUGAAAAAUGGUGA